GAUCAACAAGACUUCUAUCAAUAUCAAUAACACAACACAGAUAACUGGAUAAACAAAACUAGACUUGUGACACCAAUGAUGUAAUGUAAAUUACAUGAGCUAUAUUUUUAGUGGAAAUGAGGGGAAAACCUAUUCUACGAAAGAUAUAACAUUUAAGGGUUGGAGCGAUAAAUUCAUUGUUCAAUAUGCAAAGAGACAGACAACACAAGAUGAAUAUGAAAGAGAAUCUUUUAUAUUUACAACCAAAUAUUUUAAUAACGGUACAAUGGAAAGAAUCUUUACCUGUCCACCAAAUAAUUGCCAUUGUCUACAAUACACAGACUGGCGAAAAAAGUUUUUAUUUCUUUAAUCCCGGUGGGCCUUGGCUGAUAGACAAGGGAGAUGAUCCAAAAACAACGCUUAAAAUUUCCUUAUACGGCAUACAGAAGAAGUCAUCAAGAAUCUUAGUGAGCAACAAGUACAUUAUAUCUCCUGCUUCAAAAGGCUUUCAAGAUUGUGUUUUAGAAGGUCACACAGAAAAAAAUAGUCCACUAAAUAUCAAAAAGGAAAUAAAACCUCCAUUAAUACCGAUAACAGUGGAUCAGAGGGUCAACAAAACCACACAAAAAUCCUACGUCGUUUUCCAACGCUGUACACCUUUACCACGACAUGCAGAAUAUUAUAUACAGAUAGUGCGACCGAUAAAUACACGAGUCAAAGCAUCUCCUUUCAAGGAAUAUAUCCAAUUGAAAACAUGUAUGAAUAAUGAAAUAGCUUGUGCAUGGUAUCUAGAAUCAGGCUGGCAAGUUACCUAUCAGAUAUUAAAUGGUUUUCUCACAGAAGAGAUAAAUGAGUUGGCUAUAGCUGGGGCUUCUGAUGUAGCAUCUUUUAUAACUCACAACACCAAAGAUGAUGUUCAACGGUUAUUUGACAUGGCAGAAAAAUUAAGAGGGGAAUCAUUUACGAGAAAAAAGUGUACCAAAUCCAUCCCUAUUCCAUAUCUGUACCGAAAUAAACCCAGUAAUCAUGAAACUAUGUUAAAAGCUGAAGAAACAGGCAUUAUAUCAAAAUACCUAAAAGAUAAAAAUGGAGACCAGGCAUCCAGUAUUAAUGAAAAAAUCAAGGGACUUUUCUUUAGUGCAUCAGCCAACAAGAAAACCAAACAGCCGCAAGAAUUCAGUUACUUUGGCAAUUAUCGGAUAAUGAUAAAACCAGAACUUUUGCUCCCUGGACUUAAUCUCUAUUUCGCUGAUUUUUAUUGUCAAGGAGAAAAAAAGCAGCAUUAUGUGACUCUGGUUUUAACAACCCCCGAUAGCUUGGAAGAUCGUUACUGUCGAGACAGACUUGUUAAACUUGAUAUCAAUAACAAUAAUUUCUUGUAUUAUCAAAAAAAAAUUGGAUAUCGUGUUACCAAGGCAAUGCUCGUAGAAGUUCUAUACACAGAGGAUGUGGAUUUAACGAAACUGAGAUCUAAAAAAAGUGGUUUUGUGGAACAGAUAAUACCGAAUCGAAAUGUACUUGGUCGAGGACAAAGUAAACCAGAAGGUAUUCCAAAAUACACAUCAUGUGAUAAAUGUAAUCUCCAUUAAUUCUAUAAAUAGAAUUUGAAUAUUCAAACUUCCUUGAUUUGACUAAAAUAUUACAAAACGAAAUGUCAGUGGUCUGGGACAAAGUAAACCAGAAGGCAUUCGACAAGUAAUAGCAUGUGAUCAAUGUAAAAAUCUUCCUUAAUUCUCUUAUUUUACAGAGAGAGAGAGAGUGAGAGAGAGGAGGGGUGGGCGGGGUAACAUCCACUCAACAUAGUUUAUGUUUUAUCAUUUAAACUUGUUUAACUUUCAAAAAACUCAAUAUUUUAUUUUUGACUCUGAAUUACCUGAAUUCGAUAAUUUGUACAGUGUAUUUUUAUACUUGAGUUGAUAUUAAUUUAUCUUUAUAAUGUUAUAUGUUAA